AUGGAUAAUCUCGAGGAUGUACUUAAUAUUCUAGAAUUGAAUCAUAUAAUGGACCGAGAUGUCAAUCUUCUGUCAGGUGGAGAACUUCAGAGAUUUGCAAUAGGAACAGUUUGUGUACAGCAAGCGGAUGUAUAUAUGUUUGAUGAGCCUUCGUCAUACUUGGAUGUUAAGCAAAGAUUAAGCGCAGCCAAAGUAAUACGGUCUUUACUACGUCCAGAUGAUUAUGUAAUAUGUGUAGAGCACGAUCUGUCUGUUCUUGAUUAUCUCUCAGACUUCAUAUGUGUUCUCUAUGGACAACCUGCCGUAUAUGGAGUCGUUACUCUUCCUGCGUCUGUGAGGGAGGGUAUAAAUAUAUUUCUUGAUGGAAAUAUUCCCACAGAGAAUCUAAGAUUCAGAGAAGAAUCACUUACUUUUCGCAUUGCUGAAGCAGCAGAUGAAUUUUUAGCAGACAGGACUCGAUCAUUAGAUUACCCGUCGAUGGAUAAGACUCUGGGGGGUUUUCAUCUUAAAGUAGAAACCGGAAACUUCACUGAUUCGGAGAUAAUUGUGAUGAUGGGCGAAAACGGAACGGGUAAAACGACCUUCUGUAAGUUGCUUGCCGGUGCGCUAAAACCUGACGGCUCCCAAACUGUUCCCGGUAUGAAAGUCAGCAUGAAACCUCAAAAAAUCACCCCGAAAUUCGAAGGUACCGUUCGGCAGCUUUUUUUCAAGAAAAUAAAGACUGCAUUUUUGCUGCCGCAGUUUCAGACAGAUGUGGUCAAACCUCUCAAGCUUGAAGAAUUUAUCGAUCAAGAAGUUAAGACGCUCUCUGGUGGUGAGCUACAGCGUGUGGCCAUUGUCCUUGCCCUUGGGCUACCAGCAGAUAUUUAUCUAAUUGAUGAGCCGUCAGCGUACCUGGAUUCUGAGCAACGUAUAAUUGCAGCUCGAGUCAUAAAACGUUUUAUCAUGCAUUCUAAGAAGACUGCUUUUGUCGUUGAGCACGAUUUCAUUAUGGCAACUUAUUUAGCGGAUCGGGUUAUAGUCUUCGAUGGUGAACCAGGAAUUAAUGCCCGAGCCAACACUCCUGAGUCAUUACUAACAGGUUGCAACAAAUUUUUAAAGAACCUUGAUGUGACCUUCAGGCGCGAUCCAAGUAACUACAGACCUCGGAUCAACAAGCUAAAUUCUCAAUUAGACCACGAGCAAAAGCUAACAGGAAAUUAUUUCUUCUUGGAAGAAUCAGAAUCUAAAUGA